AUGUAUCGCCAGAUUCGAGUACAUCAGGAUGAUUGGCCCAUUCAGCAAAUCCUAUGGCGUGAAAAGCCAUCCGAUGAAUUAAAAACUUAUCCAGCCAUUCGGAAGAACCAGGGCUGGGAUUUAAAAAAUAAGUAUUCUUCGUUAACAAGACUCCUGAGAGUGACUGCGUGGUGUGCAAGAGUGUUUGACAAAAAUAAUCUUCUUUCGAGUGUUUCAGGAGUUUUAUCAGCAGAUGAAUUAAAUCGAGCAUUACUAUUUUGGGUUAAAGAAUGCCAAAAUUUAGAGUUUGCUGAAGAACUUAUUCUACUAAGAUCGAAGCGGACCAUCACUCGUACCAGUUCUCUCUAUCGUUUGAACCCUUUCCUUGAUGGGGAUGGAUUUUUGCGGAUCACAGGCCGACUUCAGUUUUCUAAUUUGGAUUACGAUGAAAAGCAUCCUAUUAUCUUGCCGAAGUUUUCUACAAUCACUACAUUAAUCAUCGAUUAUUACCACAAAACCACAUUGCAUGGUGGUGUACAGCUCACGUUAGCUUCAAUUAGACGUCGAUUUUGGAUCAUUGGUGGUCGAGUUUCCGUUAAGUCACUGAUUCAUCGUUGUAUGAUUUGCGCUCGACAACGUGUGGUAACGAGCCAACAACUUAUGGGCCAACUUCCCUCCCCACGAGUUAACCAAUCGAGACCUUUUCUUCAUACUGGCGUUGAUUAUGCUGGACCGUUUUUUCUCCGAACUGUUCGAGGACGUAGCUAUAAAACGUAUAAAAGCUAUUUAAUCUUGUUUGUUUGUUUAAGUACCUCAGCAGUACAUUUGGAAUUGGCUACAGAUUACUCAACAGACGGAUUCAUUGCUGCUUACAAGAGGUUCACAGGCCGAAGAGGUAUUUCCGAAUGCAUGUAUAGCGACAGAGGUACAAACUUUGUCGGAGCAGACAAAGAACUACGAUCAAUGUUCAAUGCAGCAUCCAAUCAGUUCAAGAAGCUCGCCAACCUUUUUAGUGAUAACGGUACCAGAUGGAAAUUCAAUCCGCCAGCGGCUCCCCACUUUGGUGGAAAAUGGGAGGCCGGAGUGAAAUCUGUAAAAGGUCAUUUAAGAAAAGUUAUUGGCAAUACUCUACUUACUUAUGAAGAAUUUAGUACAGUACUAGUUCAAAUAGAAGCGGUUCUUAAUUCACGGCCCCUUUGUUCGUUAUCUGAUGAUCCUAACAGCUAUGAAAUUCUUACACCAGGUCAUUUUCUUAUUGGUACUGCACUUAACGUCGUCCCCGAAGCAUCUCUUUACGACGAGAAAACAUCUCGCCUCUCUCGGUGGCAACACUUACGGAAAAUUAUCGAUGACUUUUGGAAGAAUUGGUCACGUUCUUAUCGACAAAAAAUGCAAAUCCCCACCAAAUGGUUCGAAUCGAAAAAUUUACCUCGAGAGGGACAGUUGGUUUUACUCCAGGAUAAACGAUAUCCGCCUUCAAAAUGGCUACUGGCUAGAAUCAUCAAAUUACACGCCGGUUCAGAUGGCCUCGAACGUGUUGUUACAGUGAAGACUCCGACCACCACCCUUACACGACCACUCACGAAAAUUUGUUUGCUGCCAGACAUCGAUUAA